CACAAGCAAGCCUUACAAUACAUCAUUUGAGGAUAUUUGUUUGCAAAAUGGGGUUAAAGGGUGCUGCAUCUAUCAGCAUAAUGCUCCCCCUUAGCUUCCUUUUUUUCUCCACUCUUGCCUCUGCCCAUUCGGGUCGUAAACCACCACCACCACCUCGUUUUAGGACACCACCACCACCUACUUUGCCUUCCACUAAACCUCCACCUCAUUCAAUGACACCACCAAAGCAAACUCCUAUGAAAGCGCCGCCUACUCCUACAAGACUACAACCUAUUUUGUCUCCUUCUACCCAACCACCUCAUCCAACGAUACCACCACCUAAGAAGCCUCCUACGAUUUCACCAUCUACACCUACCACACCACCACAAACCUUGACUCCGUCUAAACAACCAAUUCGUCCAAUGACACCACCACCUAAGAAUCCUCCUACGACGGCACCACCUACUCGUUACACACCACCUACUUUGCCUCCUUCAAAACAACCACCUCAUUCAAUGACACCACCAACAAAGCAGGCUCCUAUGAAAGCGCCGCCUACUCCUACCACACUACAACCUAUCUUGUCUCCCACACAACCACCUCGUCCAACGACACCAUCACCUAAGAUAACUCCUAUAACACCACCGACUCCUACCAAAUCACAACCACCUAAGACGACUCCUGCCAAACCACCAACUCUAACCACACCACCACCAACUCUGACUCCUUCUGGACAACCACCUCGUCCAGUAACACAACAACCUAGGAAUCCUCCAACUUCAACACUUCCAACUUUGCGUCCUUCUACACCUCCACCUCAUUCAUUGACAUCUCCACCUAAGACGGCUCCUACCAAAGCGCCGCCUACUCCUAGCACACUACCUCCUCGUCCAAUGACACCGCCACCUAAGAAGCCUCCUACAAUUUCACCAUCUACACCUACCACACCACCACCAACCAUGUUUAAUUCACCGCCACCUCGAACAAUUGCACCAUCACCUAAAAUGCCACCAACAACAUCGCCACCUACUCCUAUCACAUCUCCGUCGAAGCUACCUCCCACACAACCACCUCGUCCAACGACAUCACCACCUAAGAUAACUCCUAUAACACCACCGACUCCUACCACAUCACAACCACCUAAGACGACUCUUGCCAAACCACCAACUCUUACCACACCACCACCAUCUCUGACUCCUUCUGGACAACCACCUCGUCCAGUAACACAACAACCUAGGAAUCCUCCAACUUCAACACCACCAACUCCUUCAACACUUCCAACUUUGCGUCCUUCUACACCUCCACCUCAUUCAUUGACAUCUCCACCUAAGACGGCUCCUACCAAAGCGCCGCCUACUCCUAGCACACUACCUCCUCGUCCAAUGACACCGCCACCUAAGAAGCCUCCUACAAUUUCACCAUCUACACCUACCACACCACCACCAACCAUGUUUAAUUCACCGCCACCUCGAACAAUUGCACCAUCACCUAAAAUGCCACCAACAACAUCGCCACCUACUCCUAUCACAUCUCCGUCGAAGCUACCUCCCACACAACCACCUCGUCCAACGACAUCACCACCUAAGAUAACUCCUAUAACACCACCGACUCCUACCACAUCACAACCACCUAAGACGACUCCUGCCAAACCACCAACUCUUACCACACCACCACCAACUCUGACUCCUUCUGGACAACCACCUCGUCCAGUAACACAACCACCUAGGAAUCCUCCUACUUUAACACCACCAACUACUUCCACAAUUCCACCUUUGCGUCCUUCUACACCUCCACCUCAUUCAUUGACAUCUCCACCUAAGAAGGCUCCUACCAAAGCGCCGCCUACUCCUAGCACACUACCACCUCGUUCAAUGACACCGCCACCUAAGAAGCCUCCUACAAUUUCACCAUCUACACCUACCACACCACCACCAACCAUGUCUAAUUCACCGCCACCUCGAACAAUUGCACCAUCACCUAAAAUGCCACCAACAACAUCGCCACCUACUCCUAUCACACCACCGUCGAAGCUACCUCACACACCUCCACCUCGUGCAAUGACACCGUCACCUAAGAUAACUCCUAUAACACCACCAACUCCUAUCACAUCACAACCACCUAAGACGACUCCUGCCAAAUCACCAACUCUGACUCCUUCUGGACAACCAACUCGUCCAGUAACCCAACCAUCUCGUCCAACCACACCUCCACCCAAAUUGACACCCACUUCACCAACAUCUACUCCCACCACAACACCACCUACGUUUCCUCCUCCAACACCACCAUCUCGUCCAUUUACACCUCCACCUAAAUUGACACCUACCACACCGCCACCACCACCUAUGUCGCCUCCUUCUACACCCCCACCAAAUAUAGGAUCACCACCAAUUUUUACGACACCCCCACCUAAGUUACCUUCUAUCACACCACCAUUUACUCCUACACCACCAUCUUCGCCGCCACCGCCGCCACCACCACCACCUAUGUUUCCUCCUUCUAUACCCCCACCUAAGAUAGUAUCACCACCAAUUCUUAUGACACCCCCACCUAAGUUACCUUCUACCACACCACCACCACCUCCUUCCAUACCACGUAAUUGUCCCAUGGGAAACUUGCAUGUUUGUGCCAAUUUGUUGAAUAUAGUGAUUGGUCGUCCACAAAACCAACCUUGUUGUUCUCUUAUCAACGGUCUUGCCGAUUUUGAAGCAUCAGUUUGCCUUUGUGCUGCAAUAAAGACAAAUAGUAUACCGGGAGUAAUUCGUAUUAACCAUAGUAUUGCCUUGAACACACUCAUCAGCAGGUGUGGGCGCAAAAUGCCUAAUGGAUUCGCAUGCAGUUAAGAAUAUACAAUAUGUAUCGACAAUGGUUAUGCAUGCCAUCUAUCUUGGUCAUCUUAAAUAAUCUAUGUGUGCUUGGUGAUUGGUAGAAGCCUCUCACAUUCCUACCUUUUUUUUUUUUUUUUUAAUGUUUAUGUGUGAGCAAAAGUUGCUAAUAAAAAGUAAAAGUAUUGAUAAAGUUAAUAAAAUAUUUUAGUGUUAUUGCUUA